AAUAAGUUGUGUGCGUAUCUGGCUUGCCUACUCUAUUUAUAUAAUCUCUUUGACUAAUUGAAAAUACCUUUUUAUUGUUGUUAUUAUCGUAAAGUUAGAUUGUUUUUUAUUUUAAUGCAUAUAUAAUGAAGUAUCUAUCUACGUAAAUAGAUGUAUAUAAUCACUAAUCAUUCUAACCUCUGAGAUAUCGGAUCAUUUAAGUUUUGCAUAGUGAUGUAUUUUUAUUGAAAAUAUGGGUGAUACUUUAGAAAAUAUUAAUCCUAAAUUAUAUAAGAAAAUAGAUGAAAGACAAGUUACUGCUGAAGACGAAGACGAAGACAUAUCGGAUGAAUUUGAUGAGCGUGAGAUUUUUGAUCUUAUUAGAAACAUUAAUGAUCCUGAACAUCCCUUGACACUAGAAGAACUGAAUGUAGUGGAGCAAAAUCUUAUAGAGGUUAACAAUAAGGCAAACAAAGUUCAUAUACUAUUUACUCCAACAAUACCACAUUGCAGUAUGGCAACAUUGAUUGGUUUAUCGAUUCGAGUACAACUUUUACGAGCUUUACCAUCAAGGUUCAAAGUCAAUGUUGAAAUCACACCAGGAACUCACAUGUCAGAAGCAGCAGUAAACAAACAACUGGCUGACAAAGAAAGAGUGGCAGCAGCUCUUGAGAACAAUCAUCUACUUGAAGUAAUUAAUCAAUGCAUUGGAAUUAAAUGUUAAUAGCAUUAUAAUUCUAAGCCUUGAUAUUUUCUAAUUUUAAAGGACGCUUUGGUGUUGUCUUCUUUACUUCAAUUGGUAUAUCAAAAAAUCUUCUAACUUUUUCGAUUCUCAAAAAUGUGACUUGGAGUAAGGUAAACAAAUUCGUUGACACCCAGUAG